AUGCCUAUGCCUUCGCCAACCCCUCCUGGCAAGGACGAGUCGACACCGUCCAAGUCCACCUCGAGCAAGGAAGACCCCGCCAAGACGGAGACGAGCAGUAAGGAACCCGACGAUGCGCCGACGACGCCGAAAAACAACAAGUCGCCCAGUCCGAGGGCGACGCCCAAGUCCGCCCCGGCCCCCGCCGCGACCCCGACGGGAUCCCGUCAGCGUUUCGCGUCGAGGAAGCCGGAGCCGACGCUUCUCACCGACUUCUUCAUGGGACGCCAGUCGCCCGCCCGCGUGGCCGCCGACCGGAAGCGCCGCCAGAGCCUCGAGGUCGUCAAGUCCGAGAUGCGCCGGGAGAUGCGCCAGAGCUCCGUCCGCAAGUUGCAGCCCCCAUCCGGCGUGCGCGCGCGCGUGAACAAGUGGCAGAGGACGAAUGCCUCGGCCCACGUGCCCGCCGAUGUCGACGACGCCGCCACCGAGCCGACCGACCUAGCCUUUGACGGCCAAGAUCUCGAGAGCGUCACCGAGGAGGAUCGCAUUCGGAUCAAGAUGCGCCAGAAGAAGAAGCCGCCCAAGCCCAAGCAUGUUCGUCGCCGCUCUGGGUCCGGGUCCGGGUCCGGGUCCGGUUCCGGUUCAGGCCCGUCGACCCAGCCCCAAGAUGCCCCCCCUGACCUGCCUCGGCCGCGUCUUCCCCCCAAGAAGAGGGUUGUGAGCGACGAGCAUUGGCGGAAGUCCAAGGGCCAGGUGAACGGCCUGCGCAAGGUCUCCCCGAAAUCCAAAAAGCAGCGGAGUCCGAGUCCGAGCCGAAUUCCGAGGGACUUCAUCUUGCGGUCGGCCCCGAACCACAGCGUGUCCGUGAAGAUCAAGCAUUGGGCCGCCAAGGUUGAGUUUCCGGCCUCUCCGCCGCCCAGAAGCCACAGACCGUCCUACUCGAGGCACAAACCGUCCCGAUCCGAGGGUGCCGUGGGCGCCCGUGACGCCUCGCGCGAGGCUAACGCACGGCUGUCGAAGCCGACGGCCGACGAUGGAAUUCGGGUGGCCCCCAUUCCGACGGAGCCAGACCUCGAUGGCAUACGGGUUCGAGCCACCGACUUGGCCUCCACAAGCAAUGAUGGUGAUGGCAUACGAGUCAGACCUAUCCUCGAGUCCUUCAUCAAACAAACGCCCUACGUGUCCUAUGUGUCGCGGAGGCGAAGCAAAACGGCAUCGGAGGCCGAGCGAGAUAGGCGCCCGUAUGGCCGAACUGAAGUGGCAGAGGAAUCCUCGGAGCCGUCCAAGAAGACGAGGUUUGCCCGCGACGGCCCCUCUGAACACGUCGAGGAAGUUGAGACUCUCGCGCAGAAUCUCGAUACCCCUACAAAGCGUCCAGGGCCGAGGAGACGCCCGUCUCCAAAGACUCGACCCGUCACCUUUCCCUCGGAAGCAUCCAACCCACCGCAGGACGCAUCCAGCCUCGCCGACGACAAGGAGCAAUCCACCUUGAGCAGCGUGUCCAUGCCGCCGUCCGACGUCGCCUCCAGCGUCGCUAACAAGUCGCUCGCCGACAUUCCCGGAGACAUUCCCUUUGGCCAAUCCGCAUUCAGCGAGCUCGACCUUUCCCAGAACAGGAGCCGACCGAAGCGCCCCAAGGUGGAUCGUAACGCGAGCUUGAAAUCCGUCCCAAACGUCUUCAAGAUGGUCAUGGAAGAGGGCAAGAAGAUUAUCAACGACAUCAACGAGCCGCCGCGCUACCCCGUCGCCAACAACCCACCGAGCAUUGAAAAGUGGCUCAACAACACGGUCGAUCCAUUCGUCGAGAAGCCUGCAAAGGAGCAUGCCGAGCCGUCGAAGCAAGAGGCCGAGAGGAGUGCGUCCGGGGAAACAAAGGCGCGAUGGCGGUCGCCUCAAGAGACGAGGGGCUCCCGCCUAUCCACACCACCCAAGACGCCCGGGGCCGAUCAUCGGGAGAGGAAAGAAUCUCCCAAGGAGAGCGCCGGAGAUGUCACGCCAACAGCGGCCGACAGGACGUCUACUUCUCCAGGCUUGAGGAGGAGUCGAGCGACUCGCAUUUCGCCAUCCCCACUCAAGUCGGUCGGACGAAUCCCCUUCAUCGGUGUCCUGAAGGAGGCUUUCCAGGGAGAGUCCAGCGGGCUCAAACCCCAUCUUGCAGCCUACCAAGGACACGAGCAUCGACGGGAAGGCCAGUACGAUGAUGCAACCGACAGCUACAUCUCGUCCGAUUACACUGCCUCCUCGGCACCCGACAUGGUAUCCGACAUGGCACCCGCUGCCGACGAACCCGCCGAUCAGACGACGCCCAGGAUGGCAGGACCGAGGGCCCGACCGCCGACGAAUGGAACUCAUGAGCUGUCGACCAUCCUGUCCGAGGAAGACUCGAGUGCCGUCGACUCGGACUUGACGUCCGAUGUGACCGAUUCGACCCUGACGCAGUCGACAGUCCUCACAAAGGCCAGCGACGGCGAGCCCGAGAAAGCACCGGCACACGAACCGGCUCUCAAGAGGCGACUGACGCGCCACUCCGACUUGGUGUCGGUCCUCUCGCUGCCGGACAACUCCAACAUUCCCAGCGGCAUCCGCAACAGCAGGUCGCGGCCGAGUCUGCGAAGGACACGCGGUCUGUCCGGCAGAGUGACCGCCGACGACCUGCUCAAGGAGUUUGUCGACGACGAGAACCUCUACCGACGGGAGCUCAAGACGCUGGUCGACGGCGUUGUGCCGGUUUUGCUAUCCCACGUCGUCCACGGCACGACGUCGCCGGAGCUCUUUGGCACCAGCGCCGACGAAGCCAGUGCCGCCGGCUUGUCCAAGUCGGUCGUGAACAUGGGCGUUGCUCUCGAGAAGCUUAAAAACGCGCACAGAAAAGCACCGACGACCGACAUCCGCCGACUGGCCAAUUGGGCCCACGGCGUCGUGCCCAUCUACAGCAGCUACCUUCGCGCCUGGCGACUUGGCUUCGAGGAAGUCGUCGUCAAUCUUGCCCCUGCCGGAGGGCUUCAGGACGACCAAGACUCCCUGCUCGACGCGUUGCCGAGAAACAAACACGGAGACAUCGUCGACGCCGACGGAGAGCGGAUCGCCGUCGCCCACCUGCUGAAGCGGCCGCUCAUCCGGAUCAAGCAGAUGGCCAAGCUGGUCAAGUGCGUCGACGCCAUCGUCUACUCGGACGACACCCACGAUCUUCUGCGGGACUUUGAUGUCUUGCUGGAGAAAUUGCGACGGCGCCACAGGGAAGAGACGGCGCGCAUGACGGACGAGGAUGCCAUCAAGACGAACACGGUCCGGGCGCGCGACCUGAGAACGCUGGAUGCAGCCGUCUCCGUCACCAUAGACCCGAGCCGCCAGGUCAACGCCAAAGAUGUCUUCUCCCUCGACCUGGUGCACUCCAACGGGCAGAGGCUCGAGUGUCAGGUGGAGCUGGUGCACAGGGACAACCAGAGCUACCCCGACGAUCGAGGCGACCUCCUCGUGAGGGAGAGCGGAGGAGGUCGGAAGCCAUUCCUCUUGUUUUCGCCCAUUCCCAUGUCCAUGGUGUCCGCCCGUACCGGCAAAGGCAACUUUGACAUGGUUGUCAUGGUCCGCGGGAGGCACGGCGGAGCGGCCUGGCAGGAACUCCUUACCCUUGUCGCCGAUGACGAGGACCAGAUCCUGGAGUGGCUCGACAUUAUUCCCGUUUCCCCGGUACCGCCGAUGGACGUCGAACCUAGCAUCACGAAAAUGGCGACCCAGUGGCAAGCCACUCCCAAGGGCGCUGCGUUGAACGCUGCCGGAAGCGACCCGUCGCCCCAGUCACCAAGAUCACCAUUCGCCAAGGAUCUCACUUCUCCCAACCCGCCUGCCAACAAGCGAUCUUCUCCUCCUCGUUCUCGACCACAAUCGGCCGUCCUGCCUUUGAUGCCCAAGUUGGGAGCACGGGAUGAUGGCCAAGAGGCGCAAAGGACACCUCCGGCGGUACAUUGCGGCGGGGAGAGCAGAAGCCGGCCGCUGAGCGAGCACAUGCGGCCUGCCCCCGACCAGUUGGGAAGACAGAGCACACCAAGCACGUCGCCGGUUCGCGACGAUGGCGCCCCGCCUCCCCCCGUUCAUCGAACACUCAGCCUCAGCCCCUCGCCAGGAGCCAAGCCGAGCCCGCUCCUCCAACACUCGCCUGCUGACCCGAGGAGCGGCGAGCGCGUCAAGCGUCGAGGGUCCUCUCCGCUGAAGCACGAGUAUCUCCCGUCGGACCAGUCGUCGGCAUCGAACUACUCCGAGGAGGACACUGACGACAACUCGUCCGACGAUGAGCUGGAGAGCAUCGAUAUUCCUGAGACGGAGCUCGGUCUCAGCAUCCGGAAGGACGUGUCGCCACCGUUCGCCACGACCGUCUUGUCCGAGUCCGACUGCAGCUUGACGCCGUCAAACUCGGCGUCCCAGGCCGGCCUGCACGGCACCAAGACGGCCGCGGCCGAUGACGGCGCGGAGCGUUACGCGGCUUCGAUCUCGCGCUGGUCGGAUCACGGCAUGUGGAAGGACAUUACGGUGCCUUCGUGUUCCAUCGUCGUUACAGCCGGCCUCAUCGAGGCGUACGCCUUCCGCAUCGGCGGCGGCGGCACCGACAAGCCUAUCCUGGCGCUCGAUCUCACGCCCCUCGUGCUGAUCCGGCAGAGCACGGUGCUGGACCUCGAGGUGCGGUCUUCGGUCCAGCCUCACUGCAAGCUGUACCAAACUCACAGCGGGGGCAACUUUCGCUUUCGCUGCCACAACGCGGCCGAGUGCUACAACCUCUACAUGGCCGUCCACCAUGCGCGGCUCAACAAUCGAAAGUUCAUCCAGCUCGAGAGCGAGUCGCGAUUCAAGAGCUUCGGGGAGAGGAAGGUGAGGGCGGAGAACGAGGACAGCACGAGCACGAGCACGGGCACGAGCCGACAACGACGGCGACACACGUGGUUCGGACGGAAGAACAGCUACCGGAGCUCGGUCAGGGCGCCGUCGCAGUCGUAUGACGGAGCCAGCUCGACGCCGUCGUCGUCGCCAUCGGCCUCGAGCUUUCUCAAGCGGCUCACCGUCGCCGGUAACCUGUCGUUUAACAUUGCGCGCUCCUCGGUCAACCGGCGGAGCUUGGGCGGCGGCAACAGCCUCUACACGUCGGGAUCCUCGUCCGCCAGCGGCACGUUCCCCCGCUCGCCAUCCGUCAGCGUGGAGAACGGCGGGGUCGCGAUGCAGGGCCUGAACUCGGACGACAUCCACAUCCGGUUGCACCUCCUCGUCGGGGCGGCCAAGUGGGAGGACCACGGCAACUGCAGGCUCCAGAUUCGACGUCCGCCCCCAGGCUGGCACCAAGCCCUCCGGGCGGACCACGGCCUCGAAAAGCGGGUGACGGCGACGACGAUGCCCAAGAAGGAUUCGGAGCAGCCACGCAUCCUUCUCGACGCCGUCCUAGGCAGCGGCUGCUUCUCUCCUAUGGGGACGAGGGGCAUCGUCUGCGGCGUCUGGGAGGAGGUCAAAGAUGGUGAUGGCGUCGUCGGCAUGGCGCCUGCCACGGGCGCGACGGGCGGCAACAUCACCAAGUGGUGCUUCCAGUUUGCCAACGUGAUCGAGGCGAGCUCAGCACUGCGCCUGGUCCACCAAGAGAUUGUCCGAGUUUAA